AGUGCUGAGCUGUCCGAUGAGGCGGGAACACGCAUUUUUCCCCAGCUGUCCGACUGUUGAGUGUGCCUCUAAUUGAAGAUUUUGCGAAUUGCACUUUUGUGCCGCUUCUAUGUUCCUCGGUUUGGCCUCUCCUGUCCAAGGACACUAAAUUCGUGUCACGUUAAAUAUUACAUCGGCGUGGGAAAAGAGUGUUUACGUGUCGUACGACAAGUCGGCACUACGUAUCACCCGAAAGGUGCACGGAGUUUAUUUAAUUCUUUUUCUUCUCAUUGUGGAGCAAAUAGUGCUGUGACGUCAUGUGUUGACAAAAAUUUGUACAUGAAACUGUGAAUCCGUGGUCACUUUCCAUUUUUGGUGAUAAACAUAAAAUUCAGAGCACACCGCUGUUGGUGGAAAGUUACUAUUUAGCACAACCACGACGAAUUUUUUUCCACAAAAAUAGUGCUGAACUUUUUGGGGAAAAAAAGUUUAAUAAAGGCCAACAAAGGACACAACAUUCCCUCCCAAGAGUGAUGUAGAAAUAAGGAUAAUUAAGUGACUGCACCUGUUCCCGCCUGAGAAAAUCCCUCACGUGGCCAGUAUUUUUUUUUUUGCAAGCACACAUUUGUCCGGGAGUUUCCCCGCAUAGCAUUUUGCACACAUUAGUGACUAAUUUUUACAUCUUCCGUGGAAGCUGUUAGCCCCCGGGGGAAAAUAUACAAGAAAAUUCUCUUUUUUAAAAAAAAGUGAGCGCGAGGAAAAUUGAGAAAAAUUGCAAAUCAACGUGGGACAAGUGGAGCACGCUAAGGUGACAUCGCCGACAGCUCGACGGUUUACAAUUUAAUGGUUUUCAUGAAUGGACUUGGCCCAGACCCUCUGCCAGCCAAAGAGGCAGAGGGCCCUCCAGUUCAGCUAGAACCCGUAGAUCUCAGUCUGCGAUCACCUCGUGAUACUCCCACGAGAACAAACAACCUCAAGCGACCACCCCCACCGUUGAUGUUGGCACCACACUUGCUAGGAACAAAAAGACCAAAAGACAUUCUCUCAUCACGAAAGUACCUUAACUCCACCCUGACUGGUGGGAUUUCCAACAAUAACAACAGCAGCAGCACCAACAACAACAUCGCAAUUCCCAGCCACUGCGUGACCGAGGGUGAGCAUUCGGCGGCACUUAGUGGUAUUCUGCUGCGCAAUGAAGGUCACGUGAGACUCUCAGGGGGUCCACGGGUGGAGUACGGGAAGAGCAAGAAAAUCCACAAAUGUGAUGCCGAUGGAUGCGACAAGGUGUACACGAAGAGUUCCCACCUCAAGGCGCACAAAAGAACGCACACAGGUGAGAAACCGUAUGUCUGCACGUGGGAGGGCUGCGUGUGGCGCUUUGCGAGGUCAGACGAACUCACGCGCCACUACCGGAAGCACACGGGUCUCCGGCCAUUCUGCUGCAAGAUGUGCACCCGCUCCUUCAGUCGCUCAGAUCACCUGGCCCUGCACAUGCGACGCCACUUGUGCGCACAUUUCCCUGAGAGUGUUGUGGGUUGUAACUGUUGGCGGUGGGAAGAGGAGACUUCGUGGAUAUUCGGAAUGGGUAUGUGGCAGCAUCCUUCAGUUGUGCGUCGGGCAUCUCUGUGUGAUGAUCUGUGCGUGAUGGCACACACGCGUGCUUUCUCACCCAAAGUCAUCUUGGACAUUAGUCACGAUCACCAAGUUAACAUCCAUCAUCAGCCACAGUAUAUAUCACCGGGACAAAUGGGCUAUCCCGAUGGACCUUUCCCGCAACCAAUUAAAAUGGAAGUUUCCGAAUAUGAUGGGGAGGAAAUUCUCCGGGGGCCACCGUAUCCGGACAAGGAGAACAACUACAUGCCCACCCUCUUCGAUGGGGCUCCUCCGUGUGAAUAUCAAUUUGUACGAAGUGAAAAUCCCGACUUAUCCGCCAUUCCUACAGUCCUACCACCCAUUGCAACGCGAAAACGUCGCGAGAGCUGCGAAGAUUCCUUCCAGGAUACCUACAGACCCAUCAAGAGGACACGCUACGAUGCGCCAGAUGGGCAAUCAGGGCAAUUUAUGGAUGGAUCCUACGAACCAAAGUACUACCCCACACAGGAUUACUACCAAACGGAAAUGCCAUUCACAAUGAAGGAAAUCCUGCAGGAUGGCAAAUCACCCGCCGUGGAGGGAUUCGAUCUACCAAUGCUGGAGGCGGAAGAUGAGCUUGAAACAAAGUCAACAGACAGCAAAACCUCAAUGUGCGGAAGUUCAUCGUCUGGGAAGCGGUCACGAAAGCCCCGAAGACGGAAGAAACCCACAAAGGAGUCGAGCUUUGCUGAACUCCAAACCCAGAGGGUCAUGGCGAAUGUGAGGGAGCGCCAGAGGACACAAAAUCUUAAUGAAGCCUUCGCCUCACUACGUAAGAUCAUUCCAACAAUGCCAAGCGAUAAGCUGAGCAAAAUUCAAACCCUCAAAUUAGCAGCAAAGUACAUCGAGUUCCUUUUUAAAAUUCUCUCCAACAAGGAGAUCUGCCUGCGGACACUGGAGGAGAGGAUUAAUCAGGGAAGUACAGCACAGUCCACCGAAGGACUUAAGCCAGUCUUUAGUGGGGCCGAUGGAGCAAAUAGUGGGGUGAUUGCCCAUGAAAAACUCAGUUUAAUGUUCAGUGUGUGGCGGAUGGACUGUGAUUGGAAUCAAGGAAAAAUGUAAACCAUCCAAAGAAAAAUCCAAACAAAGGAAAAAAACAAAAAAAAACGUUAAAAAAUUUCGCGUGCGUGAAAAACAGUGAAUGAGUGAUAAAUGGAUGUGGUUCAGUGUACAGCAGCCGUCGGGAAUUAUUGAAUUUUUGCAUCAAUUCUUCAAGAUGCUACAACCUAAUCCUGGAUGUCAUUGGAAGCUUCAAAAGAUGAUAACGUAAGAAAAUUUAUGUUUAAUUUUUCAAGGAUCCCAGGAUUUUUUAUUAUUAUAAGAAAGCUUCAAUAAAAAGCUUUUACUUUUUAUUUAAAAUAAAAACUUACUUAGAAUUAAAGAAAAUCAUUCCGAUUACACAAAAUAUAUUCACAAAGUCAUAGUUUUAGGAUUAAGAUUGCAAAUGUAGGUAUGUAGGUAUUAUAUAGGAGAAGUCUUCUAAAAUAUAUUAUAAAUAAUAACUGUACAAAAAUGAAUAUUAUACAUAUUUGUUAGAAAAUAUCGGUUUAUUUUUUAAAGAGAAUUUGAUGCAUUUGUAGGAAGUUUGAUCGCGGAUUUUUUAAUUUAAAAUAUAUAAAAAAUUAAGGAUAAUUUUCCGUGAUAUACAUACGUGGAAGUCUAGCAGGUUUUUUUUUUUAAAUAAAAGUUGAAGAUUUUUUGAAGUCAAGUUUGGAGUAAAGCUUAAGGUUCUAUGAAACGUUUAAGAUCUCUCCUAAUUUUUUUUUGAACAUUUUAUCGAACUUUGAUUUUCAUAAAAGUACAAUUCAAAACUCAUUACAUAAAAGCUGUGUAUAUAAGAAACACAACUAAUUGAUUAAAUUAAAAUAAGCAAUUCAAUAAUUUUAGGGAAGAGUAGGGAAAAAAUACUCAAUGGUUUAGAAAAAGGUAAAAUUAUCAGGUAAUUAUCCUGAUGUAUUUUCAAAAUGGCCGCCAUCUUCUUUUUUCCAUAAUGGGGUUUUUCAGCCCCAUAUUUAGUAUUGUUUGGUUAAAUUUUUCUUCACCAAAUCGAUUAAUAAUGCAUUAAAGCACAUUUUUUGAGUCAGAGGUGGUGAAAAAAUCUGGUGGCCAUCUUGAAAAAUGUUAAAAGUAUCAUAUUUCCCAGCAAUAUCUAUUUACGUGAUACUAGAGCUUUUCUUCAAAUUAUUAUUUUCUUUUCAUGGAGAUUUUUCUUCUCUUUCUUCUCCUCAAAUUAAUGUCAAAUUGAAAACCAAUUUGUCUUGCGUACUUGUAAUAAAUUCUCUUAACCAAAAAAAAAAACUCGAAUCAAUAUAUUAAUUUUAGUAAAAAGGUAGUACAGUAUACAGCGAAAAGGACGCUAUUGAUAAUUUAUAGAAAGAAAAAAACACCAAAUUAAAGGAAAACUUUUUACUCAAAUUAAGACCUCAAGUUUUGUUUUAGCAAAACAAUAAAAUAUUCUUCAAUUUUCACUGUAGUACCUACAGAUCUCAAUGACGGAAACGGAAGAAUUUAGUAUAAACGAUAACUUGAUUUAACUUGGCUCUCUCAUAAAUCAAAGAUCGGGAAAUGUAAUAAAAAUUUUUGGAAGCAAAACGAACUCAUUUUUUGUAGUUAGAAUCUUUAAAUUUUAUACAAAUACUUUCUAAAGAACAUUAAGAACAUUAGUCGCUAACCUUAUGCUCUUUAGUUGGAAAAGUAAGCCUGUUUUGCUAAAGCUCCCAACUACAUAAGACCCUUAAAAUUACCUUUUUUCGGACUAUAAAAAAAACUCCUCGUAAUGAAACUUUUGCACUCAAAUUCUCAUUAAAAAAAAAUGUUUAUAUUCUGUAAAAUAGAACACUAUCUUUAAGAAAUAAAAGUCACAAUGUGGUGAUAAGGAAAAUGUGUAUAAAAUAAAAGAAAUAUUGUA